UCACACGUCAGUCAGUUGCAAGUCAUGCUGUGUUUUGCAGUUCACCUGCAUCUUCUGACGUGACAAUCUCUGCCUCGCAGUGGGACCCUUCAUCACACGCGUCUUCAUACUAGUUCAAAGCUUCUUCAAGCUGCAAGCUGCAAACCACGGUCCCUGACACAGGGAAUCGAAACGCCCCACAAUUAGGAAUGCUGCUGCCAAAACGACGUCGGCUCUCCGAUGCAGCUGCAGUGGUAACCUAACCAGGCCCUUUUUGAACUCAAGGAUCGGCGUUGGCCCAAAUCUAGUCAAGCAGAAAAAUCAGAUAGGAAUUUAAAAAAAAAAAAAACUAUAAAAAUAAAAAAGGGCUGUUUUUUAAGGGAGAGAAAAGAAGUUAAAAAGAGCGUGCAGGUUGGUGAACAGUUUUGUUUACAAACGCGUUCCAAAACGUUUCUUGCUCUUAUCUUAUACAACACACACAGCAAGAAGAAGAAGGAGAAGAAGCAGAAGAAAAAGAAGAAGAAAUCUUGAAAAGUUGAAAAGAUUGUGGGUGCACGUAAGCUCCUUAAACUUUGGGGGUUGUCCGCUGGCGUUAUUUAAUAGCCCUCUCAUCCCCUUUCCGUGGCUUUCCAUAUACAUUCAUAUAUAUAUAUAUAAUUUAUCAACCAAGCAAACCAAGCAAAGAAGAAAGGAUCGUUGUUAACUACUCAGACCUCUUGGAAAUGGAUACUCUUUGUUUAAAAACAGGAAUCCACGGUAUUGCUCCCUCGAUCUCAGUCACUGGGGCCUUGGACGCCCGUUCCAACGCAUCUCAGGUGAGUGCGGUGGCUCGGGAGAAAUCCACCACCGUUGCUGCCGCGCCACAUCAGAAAGCCGCGUCCAGGUUUUCUUUUAGAUACCCUUUGCGGUCUUUGUGGCCCGGCGGCGGUCAAAGUAAUAGGCAUAAAGGGAUAGCAGUUGAUGAUGCCGUCUUGGUUGAUAAUGGAGAGACGAGAAACGCUGCUGGAGAGGAUGCAGACUCUAGAUCAAUGCGCUCGUCCGAAGGGCAAAAUGAGAACUGGGUGUUGAAGAUUCUGCACGUGAGGUCGCUCUGGAAGGAGGAGGAGAAGGAACACAGGAGCAGUGGCGGUGAAGGAUCAAUUGAAGAAAAUGAUGUUGCAUUGAAUGAUGGCGUUAAUAACGAGGAAGAGAAAGAGUGUGAUGUUUGUAGAGUUGAGUAUGAUGACGAAAAACAAACUGAAUUUGAUAGGGAUUCGUUUUCGAGGUUGCUACGGAAGGUGUCGUUAGCUGAAGCCAAGCUUUACUCGCAAAUGUCGUAUCUGGGAAGCUUGGCCUAUUCCAUACCCAAAAUCAAGGCAGGAAAUCUCUUGAAAUACCGUGGCCUCCAUUUUGUGACUUCGUCAAUAGAGAAAAGGGAAUUGGCAAUGAAAGCAGAAAAAGUUCAGGUGUCAGCUGAAGGUCAAGAAGCAGAGAAAGGGCUUGCAGACGAGGCAAAGUGUACAGAACAGAAAAAUAAUGGUCAUCCCAUAACUGCCUCUACUGCUUAUCAGAUAGCUGCCUCUGCAGCUUCUUAUCUUCACUCUCAUACCAAAAGCAUACUUCCAUUCAAAUCAUCAAAAGCUAAGACUGAUAAAGCUUUGCCUGAAGGAGACCAUGGGGAAAAUGAGAAUCUCAAUAUGCUAAAUGCAGAGGUGGCUUCCCUCAUGGCAACCACUGACUCAGUGACAGCUGUGGUUGCUGCAAAAGAGGAAGUAAAGCAGGCUGUUGCAGAUGAUUUGAGUUCAACACAUUCUUCACCAUGUGAUUGGUUUAUAUGUGAUGAUGAUCAGGGUACAAGAUUCUUUGUGAUUCAGGGAUCUGAGUCACUGGCAUCUUGGCAAGCAAAUCUACUUUUCGAGCCUGUUCAGUUUGAGGGACUGGAUGUGCUUGUGCAUAGAGGUAUUUAUGAGGCUGCGAAAGGCAUUUAUGAACAGAUGCUGCCUGAAGUCCAUGCUCAUCUAAAGUCUUAUGGGAGACAGGCGACCCUUCGUUUCACAGGGCAUUCUCUUGGUGGGAGCUUGGCUCUACUUUUAAAUCUCAUGUUGCUGAUAAAAGGAGAAGUGCCAGCCUUGUCCUUACUUCCAGUGAUAACAUUUGGUGCACCUUCAAUCAUGUGUGGAGGUGACUAUCUACUUCGUAAGCUUGGGCUGCCACGAAGUCAUGUGCAGGCAAUUACAAUGCACAGAGACAUUGUGCCCCGAGCCUUCUCUUGUAAUUACCCUAAUCAUGUUGCAGAGCUUCUGAAGGCUGUUAAUGGGAACUUCAGAAAUCAUCCUUGUCUUAAUAACCAGAAGCUACUAUAUGCUCCAAUGGGGGAACUUUUAAUUCUACAGCCAGAUGAGAAAUUCUCACCUAACCAUCAUCUCCUUCCACCAGGCACUGGUCUAUAUACCCUAAGCUGUCCACUGGCUGACACUAAUGAAGCAGAGAAUCUGCUCAGGACUGCACGGACUUUGUUCUUGAACUCACCACACCCACUUGAGAUUCUAAGUGAUCGCUCAGCGUAUGGUUCUGAAGGAACCAUUCAAAGGGAUCACGAUAUGGAUUCUUACUUGAAGUCUGUUCGCAGUGUGAUUCGGCAAGAACUAAAUCGCAUAAGGAAAGUGAGAAGAGAGCACCGGCGCAAGUUCUGGUGGUCCCUUCUGGCAACACAUGGCAUCAGUGGUGGUGUCCUCAUGGAGAGGCCUGCGGUAUCUAUGGAAAUGGGACAGAACCAAUUCAAUUUCUCCGGCGUCAUACAGACUGGGAGGGAAUCAUUGAAACGGUUCAGCAGGCUUGUUGCAUCACAACACAUGCAUUUGCUUGUGGUUCUGUUGUUUCCUGCAAAAUUGUUAUUUCUGGGAGCAUAUAGCGUGAUCAAUGUGAAUUGACCAGGCAGUUAAUUUAGGUUUAUUGAAUUGCUGUGAAUGAAUAUUGAAUAGGUCGUGGGCACAUGGCCAGCUAGAUCAUUAGGUGAUUCUUUAUUCAUUGCUUUGAAGAAAAGGAUAUUAAAAUUCUCUUGGUCCUCCUGUAUAGGAUUUGGAAUGUUGAAAUGCUCUGUAUGUAGAGAUAAACUUGGUCCAUUAUUAAAAUGCAUCUACAGAUAUGACAGCCGACAUGUUAUGAAUUAGUCGGAAC